AUGGAGACCGGUUCAGCAGCGACGCACCAGCCGGAACAUAGCAGGCAUCUAGUCCAUAGUCAUGCUCACGAAGGCGCGAUCCCAGGGACGGUCGAUCUCCGAGCUGCUGAGGGCGAUGACACGGCGUACGGGCAGGCAUUAUAUCCAGUGCCGGCGGAAGAUCCCAAUGAUCCGUUACAAUGGGUCCCGUUCAAGAAGUCGAUGAUCUUGGUCAUUUGCUGCACCUACUCGUUCAUAGGAAACUCGGCUCUCCUCGGACCGGCACCUUAUAUCACGCUCUUUUCGCAACAAUUCGGGGUCACCCCUUCGCGGGCAUCGGGGUUGAUCUCAUACCCAAACCUUGCAUUUGGGUUCGGGUCUUUGUUUCUCGUGCCCAUGUAUCCCAAAUUUGGACGGCGACCAGUUAUGCUUGGAUCCAUGUUGCUUUUCAUUGCGGGUCUCAUAGGCGCAUCACAAGCCCAUGACUACCGCGGACUCAUGAUAGCACGGGUAUUCCACGCCUUUGGAGCCGGAAUCUGUGAAGCGAUCCCAGUGCAGCUGGUGAACGACAUAUUUUUCCUACAUGAGCGCGGGAAGAGAAUUGGCUACUAUACCUUUGCCUUGUGUCUGGGUACGAUUGCCCCCUUGCCUGCGGCCCACAUGCUUAUCGAGCCCUACUCAUGGCGUCUUUUCUUCUACAUCAUCCUCGCCUUCGCGUUAGCUCUCUUUGUCCUCGCACUUUUAUUCGUCGAGGAGACAUCCUACGAUAGAAAGACGCAUGUUGCGGCGAACCCAUCGUUGCCAGAUGAAGGCAGUGGGUCUGUUCGCAACGAAAAGCCCAUCACGGAGUUGCAAGAGCAGACGACCCCCUCAGAACCGAGUGUCCCGCCUCGAAAGUCGUUUUUAGAGACUCUGCGCCCAUGGGGAAGAGUCGACCAUUCGGUGCCUUUCUUCAUGACAAUGGCCAGGUCAUUCACGUACCUCCUGGUGCCCCAGGUGUUCUGGGUUAUUACUUCGUUCGGUAUAUACAUCGGCUUGGGAGCAUUCGCGUUUAAUUUUACGUUCCCUAUCAAGAUCACGGCUCCACCUUACAACUGGACAGAGGAAAACUCCGGUCUAAUCGCCCUCUCCUCCUUAAUCGGUUUUCUUCUCGCCGUCCCCUUCACUUCGACAUCGGAUCGUCUAGCCACCUACUUCACCCGCCGCAAAAACGGCAUCCGCGAAGCCGAAAUGCGCCUCGGCGUCAUGCUCCCCGCCGCCAUCAUUGCGCCCGCGGGACUUAUCCUCUAUGGGCUGACCGCCGAGCUGAAUCUGCAUUGGAUGGGUUUCUUUGCUGGAUCCGCCAUAACCUCAUGGGGUGCUUACUUCUAUUUCAGUUUUGCCCUCGCCUACGCUGUGGACUCAUAUCAGGCCAAUACCAGCGAAAUGCUGAUUGCAAUGAAUUUGGGGAAGCAGGCCAUUAGCUUUGGGUUGUCGCUUGAUUUGUUGAACUGGGUGUUGGAAAGGGGGUAUGCGGUUGUUAUUGCGGGGAUAUUUGGCUCGGUGCUUGUGGUGAAUAAUGUGUUUGUUAUUGUGUUUAUGGUUUUUGGGAAGAGAAUUAGAAAGUUGAUGGUAGGGACUUGGCUAGCGAAGUUGCAUGGGCCGACCGGGGAUCGGGAACCGCAGGUGGCUUGA